GGAAUUUGGAUUUAACACUAACCUUCCUCAUCCUCCCCUUCUUGCUUCGUCCAAACUCGUAACUUGGAGGCGUCUGGGGCCUUCCACUCCAUCGGCUUCCCCUGCAACCCUAGAAUACCCUAAUUUUGUCUUGAUUGGAAACCCUAGUGACGUGAGAUAGGGCGGUAUCAGGUGGCGAUGGAGGUUUCGCCUGACCGGAAGCCGACGCAUAAUCUGGACUUCACAGGCGUCGUCCUAGAGGACCUCUCGCCCUCGACGUCGUCCCAUCCGCUUCCGUCAGUCGUCACCGCCUUCUUUGCUGUCUCCAAAUCCGGAGUUCCCCAGCUUCGUCUCCACUUGCCUGAAUCAGUCGGAGACAUUCUCUGCUUCGGUCUGUGCAGCUCCCAGCUGGUCAAUCUUGGACCUUUGGAGGCGUUGGUCAUAGUUGAAGAACCAGGAAACAGUGAUGCUAAAGAGAAUCCUUCCUUUUCAAAAGCUUUCAAGCUUGCAUUCAAAACACCCGAGCAACGGAGAGCCUUUGACACAGAAUUUGGACAGUGGAAGCACGGAGUAUCACAUAUGAAAAUUGGGCCUUUGGAAAAUGGAUCUAUAAUUUAUUCUAAAAGUAAAUUUGAUAGCAAAAUCGAGGCUUCUUCUGCCAAAAUGUACUUUCAUUACUACGGCCAGUUGCUGCAUCAACAGAAUAUGCUGCAAGAUUAUGUCCGGACAGGAACCUAUUAUUCCGCAGUAAUUGAAAACAGUAUAGACUUUCAAGAUCGCGUUGUAGUUGAUGUUGGUGCUGGUAGUGGCAUACUUUCACUCUUUGCUGCUCAGGCUGGUGCCAAACAUGUGUAUGCUGUAGAGGCAUCUGAAAUGGCGGAAUAUGCAAGCAGGCUGGUAGCUGGGAAUCCAUCACUUGGGGAUCGCAUAACGGUCAUCAAGGGCAAAAUUGAGGAGGUUGAACUACCUGAGAAAGCAGAUAUUCUUAUAUCAGAGCCCAUGGGCACAUUGCUAGUCAAUGAAAGGAUGUUGGAGACAUAUGUCAUUGCAAGAGAUAGAUUCCUUGUCCCUAAUGGGAAAAUGUUUCCAUCAUUAGGAAGGAUUCAUGUGGCACCUUUUAGUGAUGAAUAUCUUUUUGUUGAAAUUGCAAAUAAGGCUCUUUUCUGGCAGCAACAGAACUUCUAUGGGGUUGAUUUAACUCCUUUAUACGGAUCUGCAUUUCAAGGAUAUUUCUCUCAGCCUGUUGUUGAUGCAUUUGAUCCAAGGCUUUUGGUCUCUCCACCUUCAUUCCACACAUUGAACUUCAGUUCUAUAAAGGAAGAAGAGCUAUAUGAAAUCGACAUUCCACUAAGUUUCGUAGCUUCUGUAGGAACAAGAGUGCAUGGGCUGGCAUGCUGGUUUGAUGUCUUGUUCGAUGGAAGCUCUGUUCAAAGAUGGCUCACAACUGCUCCUGGUUCCCCCACCACCCACUGGUACCAGAUGCGCUGCGUACUCUCCCAGCCUAUGUACGUCAUGGCCGGUCAAGAAAUUACUGGGCGACUCCAGUUGGUAGCCCAUAGUUCUCAGAGCUAUACUAUUCAUUUGACCAUGUCAGUCAAAAUGUGGGGCCCUGCUGCAGAUCAAGGGGGAAUAUUACAGACAUCCACCGGUAAACUUGAGCUUAAGGAACCAUACUACAGGUUGUCUCAACCACAACCUUAUAUACCGCCACAAGAUCAACAGCAACAACAUUUUAUACUCUCACAGGAUGGAAAUCUGAGCAAUUUAUCCUUACAGCAACCACAAAAUUUAGGGAACUUGAUGAACCGGUAAAUUCAAAUCCUGAAACAUGCUCUAUCCAAGCAGCUCACAUCUGUAUAAUAAUGUGUUUCUUUCUCGCUAGUCUUACAUAGCAGAUUCAUCGUGAAAAUGUUCUAUUUAGCAGCAAUUUAUCUUUUGAAAUCAUUAAUAUUUGAGUGAGUUUGUCGGAACCUGUUUUUGGAAAACAUGCUUGGGAGGCAUGGUUUGCCAAGUUCAUGUUUU